UCUUUCUAACCACCUAUCUUUCUCCGGCCCUCCGCCUCCACCACCACCACCACCCCCUCCGCCGCCGCCCCUCACUCACCCCUCCGAAACCAACUCAAUUAUUAUAUUACUAUAAUUAUCAAGUUAAAACCUUUCCCCUUCAACUUACUAACCUAUUAUAAAAAUUACAAAUAUAUAUGUAUAGCAAGUAACUGUUUUUACUUACAGAAAUAGAGUUUGGUGUUAAAGCUUCCGAAUUUUUCGCAUUUGGUUCUCAGCUCCCAAGCGGAGGACUCAAUAAGUACUAGUUGAUUAUAUCUCUAGGAUACAAAAAGAUUUUAACUUGCAGAAGCUAAACAUCUUAGGCUGCCCACAGAAUUUUCUCCUGUAGAUUUCAUGGGGGCUGGAGAAGAGAGUUCACCUGCUAAGCAUUCCAAACCCACUCCAGUUCAGGAAACUCCUCCACCUUCGUAUGCUGAUUGGUCAAACUCGAUGCAGGCCUAUUAUGGAGCUGGAGGUACUCCGCCCUUUUUUGCCCCUACCGUUGCUUCUCCAACUCCUCAUCCGUACAUGUGGGGAGGUCAGCAUCCUAUGAUGUCACCAUAUGGGACUCCGGUUCCAUACCCUGCUAUGUAUCCACCAGCAGGAGUUUAUGCUCAUCCUAGUAUGCCUAUGACUCCAGGCACUGCACCACCAAAUGCAGAAAUGGAAGCAAAAGCCUACGAAGGAAAAGAAAGGACCACAAGUAAGAAAUCCAAGGGAGCUUCUGGAAAUGGAAAUAGCAUUGGUAUGAGAACUGGAGAGAAUGGGAAGGCAGCAUCAAGUUCCGGGAAUGAUGGUGCCACCCAAAGUGCUGAAAGUGGAAGUGACGGUUCAUCAGAUGGAAGUGAUGAAAAUGAUCAAAAUGAAUAUUCUGGAGGCAAGAAAGGAAGCUUCAAUCAGAUGCUUGCAGAUGCUAAUGCACAGAACAACUCUGGGCCUAAUGUUCAGACAUCAGUAACUGGGAACCCUGUAGUUCCUAUGGCUCCUACUAAUCUUAAUAUGGGAAUGGACUUGUGGAAUCCAUCUGCUGUAGGCGGAACCAUGAAAAUGCGACCAAAUUCUUCUCGAACAGUGGUGACACCACCAAUGAUGGGACGAGAAGGAAUGAUGCCUGAUCAGUGGGUUCAGGAUGAGCGCGAACUGAAGAGACAAAAGAGGAAGCAGUCUAAUCGGGAGUCAGCUAGGAGAUCAAGAUUGCGCAAACAGGCCGAGUGUGAAGAACUACAGGCGAGAGUAGAGACACUAAACAACGAGAAUCAUUCACUCAGAGAUGAGUUGCGUAGGCUCUCAGAGGAAUGCGAGAAGCUUACUUCUGAAAACAAUUCCAUAAAGGAUCAAUUAACUAGGGUCUGUGGACCCGAUGCAGUGUCACAACUCGAUGAAGGUAACAUUUGAAAAUGCAAUAGGCAAACACGUUAGUCAUUAAAGUUAUAAAAUUAGGAGGAUAUCUUUUCCGAGUUUGGGAAAACUGAUGAUAGAAUUGAUCGCGGGAACUCAUAUGUUGUUGUAACUUACCACUUCGUUUUUUUUUCUUCAUAUACCUGUAUUCUAACCCUUUCUUCAUGCAUCAAUACUUCAAAUAUAGACCCUCUGCUUGUUGUGCAA